AUGAAACCUGAACACCCUUACAACCCCUUUGUUACUACUCCAAGAAAUUCAUUAAGACGUAGACCGAUAUAUGCAUUAACAUUAGAUAUUUCAUUGACAUAUAAGAAUGAAAAUAUACAACAAAUAACACAAAAAAGUAAAAAAGUUUUAUCACGAAUGAUAGAACCAUUUCAUAAUGGUGGGAAAGACAAUGCAAAUUAUGAACUAAUUAUUUCUGUUGAUGAUAAUAUUGGUUCUGCUUUUUCUAAAGAAGGUGAGACAUGUUGUUUUAUUCCACAAUCAAGGUAUGUUGUGAUCUCUGCACUUGGAAGUGGUACUUUUGGGCAAGUUUUAAAAUGUAGGAAUUGUCAAGAUAAUAGUCUUGUAGCAGUUAAAAUACUUAAAUCAAAACCAGUGUUUUUUAGACAAGGAAUGCUUGAAAUUGCUGUAUUAACUGUUUUAAGAGAUUUAGUUGAUCCUGACAAUAAAUAUCAUACUGUUAAAAUGUUAGAUUAUUUUCUGUUUCAUGGACAUGUUUGUAUUGUCACAGAAUUGUUAUCAAUUAAUUUAUAUGAUAUGUUAAGAAGUAACAAAAAUAAUGGAAUGGGAUUAACAUUUAAUAGACAUGUUUUAAGACAAUUAUUAGAAUCACUUCAUGGGUUAACUACAAUGAAUAUCAUACAUUGUGACGUUAAAACAGAAAAUGUAUUAUUAGUUCAAAAUACAAGUGACAUUAAAUUGAUUGAUUUUGGUUCAGCUUGUUUUGAAAGAUCUACAUUAUACACAUAUAUACAAUCAAGACAUUAUCGUGCAAUAGAAAUUAUUUUAGGAUUACCUUAUUCAUGUGCAAUAGAUAUGUGGUCAUUUGGUUGUGUUGCAGCAGAACUUUUCCUUGGAAUUCCAUUGUUUCCAGGGGAAAAUGAGUAUAAUCAACUUGCUAAGAUUAUUGAUAUGUUAGGACCAAUUCCAGAUUAUCUUCUUCGUAAAGGAACAAAAACUGAAAAAUACUUUAAUAUGAUUCAAAAGGGAAAUGAAAUUACCUUUAAAAUAAAACCUCCUGAACAAUUUGAAAAAGAAAAUAAUUGUAAAUUACAAGAAAAUAGAAAGUAUUUCAGAUAUAAAACUCUUGAACAAAUUUGUCAACAUGUUCCUAUGCAUCGAAAUGCUUUUGUUCAUGAUAAUGAUCAAGUUUGGAGGGCAUUAUUACAUGAUUUUUUAAAGAAAACAUUAGAGUAUGAUCCAGCUAAAAGAUUAACACCAUCAGAAGCAUUAACCCAUCCUUUUAUUAAAUCAAAAACAAAGCAAGAACUUUUAACUUUACCAUUACCAUUAGUUCCACAAGAUGUUCCUUUAGAAGAUGUUGUUAGAAAGGUAUAUGGAGGUCAAUACACUUUAAAUUAUCUUCAGUCUAGAGACAGGUUUUUUUCUGUUCCUCAUAAUUAUUUUACAGCAUUUAUCCGUUCUCUAAAAUGUGGAUAUGUUAUGAACAUACUUCAUAUUAAUCCUUUUCAUUUUAAACCUUUAAAGGUUAUUGGCAGAACAACAUUCUCAUGGCACAAUAUGGCAGAAGAUGAAUCACUUAUUUCUUGGGGGUCUUCUAAUUCAGAUUCUGAAGACCCUUCUCGAGCUCGUUCUGCCUCUUCACUCCAAUCACCAAGUACUUCUCAAUCACCACGAUUAUCAUUAAGACCUCCACCAAAUGAUCCACGAAGAUUAACAACAAUGGUUCGUGAUUUUGGAUAUUUUGUAUCACAUGAAAGAUAUAAUAAUUACUAA